GCACAUCAACGUUAUCUUAUAGCGCAUCAUCAACAUGGAGCCCUCAGGGAACAGAACCCCCGAGGGGAAGGAUAUGAUCCAUCUGGCCAAGAAGGCAGAGAGAUAUGCAGGGACUUCCCAGGCCUCGACUCCAGUUGUGGUCGUGACCCAAUCUCAAACAUCAGUUGGUGUCCCCAAGAAGCGCAUCUACGUAGUACCCAUGCCCCGGCGGGCUCCUAAAGAGCCACAAAUCCAGAUUCGGACUCCCACUACAGAUGCAACCAAAACCCGGACUCCAGUCCCAUCCAAAAAACGUAUCUUUAUUGUAUCCCAACCUUUCUCUGCUGGAGGCUCGACGCAAACCCAGGUACCAGGCACUAGGAAACACAUCUAUGUACUAGCUCAGCCCCAGAAUGCUGCUGGGGUCAGGACCCAACCCCAAACUACAGCCAGGAUCACGACUCAACCCCAAACUACAGCCAGGAUCACGACUCAACCCCAAACUACAGCCAGGAUCACGACUCAACCCCAAACUACAGCCAGGAUCACAAUUCAACCCCAGACUAUAGAUGGGAAAAUAGUGCCAGGACAGACCCAGAUCAAGACUCCAACUGGGGUCACAGUUCAAUCCCAGAUUGUAGCCAGUGUCAAAGCCCAAGUCCAGCCUGCAGUAGGGAGAACAGACCCUCCUAAUGCUCCAAGGCAGACUAGGAAGAUGGUUCACUUCCAACCCAAGCCUCUGACAGCCAGGGAUGCAGCCCCAACCAAGGCUGAUGCCCAGACUCAGACCCCUACUGUCGUGGCAGAGGUGGUCUCUAUGCUGCAACACGGAGAUGUGAGACCUGCACCGCAGCCAUACCUGGUCCACAAAGAAGAGGUGCUGAGGAGGAUGGGUGCGCCAGAGAAGAUGUCAGUGAGAACGUUGCUGAUGUACACUGGGAAGAACCCUGCAGACCGAGACAGCAAGAACAGAUUGGUGAAAAACCUGAUUAAGGCUGGAAUCCCCCCCGUCGAGAUCCCUACCUAUAUCACCAGUGCCUUCUCCAGGCUCACCGAGGGUGACACCACAAUGCUGUGUAGUGACAUGAAGUCCCUAGCUAUCAAACACCUCAACUUCACCAAUAUGGCCGAGCAGCUCAUAGAGGAGACCAACCCUGUGCAGCACUGGUCCAAGAUCAUCGAUACCAAAGCCCAGCUAGAGGAGAUGAGACUGUGUUUCAGGGACCCAGCUAACAGUCGUCUGAUGGACAACGUGACCCACGACCCUCUCACUAAUGCAUUAGAUGCCAUUGUGGUCAGUACUGAUCUCAUCGAGGAUGAACUCCGACCUCACCUGGAAACAGUACUUACUGUCAUACAGGAAAAACAGCGUGGGGCUGCGGAACAGGUGGCAGUGAGUGGUGUAUUACCUACUCUGGCUCAAGCCCUUAGGAGGAGAGGACCGCUUACUUUAAUGACUGCUAAACUGGUGUCAGAACUGGCCAGAGAAACGGUGAUCAGGGAGAGGUGUGGGGAGACAGGGGUGUCAUCUGCUCUGCUGUCUGUGCUGGUCUCCAGGGAUCAGGAGCUGCUGAUACAUGCUGGCCGCGCUAUCGCUCGUAUCUGCUACGAGAGCCGGUGUCAACAGGAGCAGUUGUUGCGUUUGGGGGCGGUCCCUAGGCUGGUUGGAAUCCUGCUGGGUUUUAAAAGCAACCAGGCUCUGGAGGGUGUGUGUCUUGUGGCCCUGUGUAACCUAGGUGACAUGGGAGAGGGAGGGGAGGAUGGAGGUAUAUCGUGGGAGAGAGGCUUGUCACUAUGUCCCGAGGAGUCUGUGUUUCGUGGCGUGACUUGUCACUCCUGCGGCUUUGGCUCCAUGGUUACAGUCGUCAGACUGACCCAGUGGUCGCCCGGGCAACACACCGUCAGCAUCGAGGUGUUAUCCCGUUACUCCAUCGGGUUCUGGACAAUGCAUAACAACCGCCGGACAGUGCGACGUUCACCACUCUCUCACCUGGGAACGUGUCCUAGGUUCUACAAAGCCAUCAAGUACUCCGUUCAGAACAUUCCCAACAGUAGGAGCCUCAAGUCACUGAUCUUCCACAUCUUCCUUUGAGGAGGAUGGACUACAAACUUGGCAGCAUAUUAUGGACUACAAACAUGGCAGCAUAUUAUGGACUACAAACAUGGUAGCAUAUUAUGGUUUACAAACAACGCACCAUAUUAUGAAAUAAAAACAUUUUUAAUUGACUAUGAAUAUGGUAUUCUAUCAAUGACAAACAGGAGAACUCAUUCACACCUUAGAGAGGAACGGACUACAAACAUGGCAUUUUAUGGACUACAAACAGGUUGACUCUGAAAGUCACUACAGAUACAUCAGGACUGCAGACAGAAACCAAGAUGACUGGGUGUUGGGGAUCUGGAUGUACCUUACCCAAUUAUAAAUAAAUCGGAGUUCAAUUUCUUUUCAAAAUUGACGUUAAAGGUUCAAAUCUAUUUCUUUAUUUUGUUUUUAAGAAAUUCUAAAAUAGUUUGACAACCCUGCUUUGUACGCUUUUAAAUGAUAUCAAACUCAACUGUUUACCUUUUUCAGUCACUGAUGAAGACAUGUGUCAUGGUAUGCAAAUGGGUCAACUUUGAAAACCUUUACCUUUUGAAGGUUUUGGCAUUCAGGUCCAAAAUGUCCCUUUUUGUUGCUUAAUCAAAAGUGAUGCUGUCAAAAAGUGAUUAAAUUCAAAUUGAUUUACCCACACACACACACACUACUAGGUCCGUAUAGCGGCCGAUAGGUUUGUUCAUAACAUUCGUUAUACACAAUACAAUCUUAGACUGAACUUCUUACUGUGUAGCUCUUUCUCUCUAUCUCUGGGUUUUGUAUCAUAGACAAUGUUUAAAAUGUCAGAACAGUAGUUUUCUCAUAAAAAAUGUAAUAUGCAAGAACCGGUGACACUUGUAAUUUCUGCUGUGCCAUAUAAAGCCAUGUUUUUGACAAUUCGUUAGCCAAUUUUACUACCCCACAAGUAUUAUUUCAUCCUCAUUUUGCAUAAUUUUAACCUGUUGACCGUUAACGUUAAGUGGAUGGCCAUAUAAAACACAUGUUCAUGAAGGCCAUGAACAGUACCUAGUAAUGCCGUAUACUGUUAGAAAGCUCAGAUUGUGCUUUUAUUUUUUUUUAUCGGGUAUUCAUUACUUUUGAUUUUAUGCAUUUAAAAACACGGACAUUUUUCCAAUGGUUUUUCCGCCAUUCAUCUUUCACAUUGUGAAUAAAUAAAGUAUAAUUAAUUGUG